AUGACAAACUCCAAAACUACUCUUUCGAAGUUAUUGGCAGAAUCUAAUUUCAGCCAAGAAUGCAAGGAGUUGCUGUCUUAUCUUCCAAAAGACAGAAGCUUUUUUGCAGAGUAUCUCUAUCAAUACCAAGGAUUUUGGUACCCACCAAACCUCUUAGAAGGUGUUUUAUACAGUCAGAAGCAUUUUCAGGCCAGAGAUUCUGAUAUCAUCCUCGUAAGCAGUCCUAAAUCAGGUACAACUUGGUUAAAAGCACUCGUCUUUGCUUCGGUUUACAGACAAGAAUUCCAAACUCCUCUAGAGUCACAUCCUCUGCUCGAUAACAACCCACAUUCCCUCGUGCCGUUUAUCGAAGCUUUCAACUUUCACACUCAAGACACUUUUCCUAGGAUCUUCUCCACACACAUUCCUCUUGGAUCGCUCCCUGAGUCCAUUAAGAAGUCGUCUUGUAAAGUUGUGUAUUGCUGCAGGAACCCAAAGGAUGCGUUUGUCUCCCUUUGGCAUUUCAUGAAAGAUUUGGUUCUUAAGGAGAUGGUUGGUUGUACAAUGGAGCAAAUGGUGAAAGGGUUUUGCAGAGGGUCAAGUGUUUAUGGACCCUUUUGGGAUCAUGCCUUAGAGUAUUGGAAAGAGAGCCUAGAAAACCCGAAAAAAGUAUUCUUUGUUAAGUAUGAAGACAUGAGAGAGAAGCCUGAGGAUUGGGUGAUGCGGAUCGCUGAGUUCUUAGGAUACUCUUUUACAGAGAGAGAGAUAGAGAAUGGAGUUUUGGAAGAUAUCAUAAAGUUGUGUAGUCUUGAGAAUCUGAGUAAGUUGGAGGUUAAUAAAGUGGGGAAGUUAAUGAAUGGAAUGGAGACUAAGGCAUUUUUCAGGAAAGGAGAGAUUAGAGGAUGGAAAGAUACUUUGACUCCUUUAUUAGCAGAGGAAAUAGAUAAAACCACUGAGCAGAAACUAAUUGGUUCUGCUUUUAGAUUCUUUUGCUAA